CCGCCCCCACACCACGGGCCCUCUGCAGGUCACACAGGAACAUUAUGGCGCCUGGAGGAGAGCUAGCUUCGGGACCAGUCGUAGUAUAAAAUACCGGUUUUGACCCGGGAGAAUGAACCUCUGCGCCCAGUACCUGCGCCAGGCUGAGGCCCUGAAGGCUGACAUGACAGACUCCAAGCUGGGGGCAGCAGAGGUGUGGACGUCCCGCCAGGCGCUGCAGGACGUCUAUCAGAAGAUGCUGGUGACGGACCUGGAGUACGCUCUGGACAAGAAGGUGGAGCAGGACCUGUGGAACCACGCCUUCAAGAACCAGAUCACCACUCUGCAAAGCCAGGCCAAGAACCGGGCCAACCCGAACCGCAGCGAGGUCCAGGCCAACCUGUCGCUGUUCCUGGAGGCCGCCAGCGGCUUCUACACCCAGCUGCUGCAGGAGCUCUGCACCGUCUUCAACGUGGACCUGCCGUGCCGGGUCCGAUCCUCUCAGCUCGGCAUCAUCAGCAACCGGCAGGGCGGCGGCGGCGCCAUCGUCACGCCGCAGCCCAGCUCCUGCUCCUACAUCUGCCAGCACUGCCUGGUCCACCUGGGAGACAUCGCUCGAUACCGGAACCAGACCAGCCAGGCGGAGUCGUACUACCGACACGCGGCCCAGCUGGUUCCGUCCAACGGUCAGCCCUACAACCAGCUGGCCAUCCUGGCCUCCUCCAAAGGCGAUCACCUCACCACCAUCUUCUACUACUGCCGCAGCAUCGCUGUCAAGUUCCCCUUCCCCGCCGCCUCCACCAACCUGCAGAAGGCCCUGUCCAAGGCCCUGGAGAGCCGCGAUGACGUGAAAACCAAGUGGAGCGUUUCUGAUUUCAUCAAAGCCUUCAUCCGGUUCCACGGACACGUCUACCUGAGCAAGAGCCUGGACAAGCUGGACGCUCUGAGGCAGAAACUGGAGGAGCAGUUCCAGAGGCUGAUCCUGCAGAAAGCCUUCAGCUCCCAGCAGCUGGUCCACAUCACCGUCAUCAACCUGUUUGAGCUUCAUCACCUGACGGCCGACGGCGGCGAGCCGAGCGGCGCCGAGCAUCGGGUCAGCUGGUUCCAGCUGCUCGGACUCUUCAUGUCCUUCCUGGGCGUGAUGUGCGGCCGGAUUCUGCUCAAUAAGACGCGGGGCGAGGACAUCAUGGGGGAGUGUCCUCUGCCGGCCAUCAAGCUGUCUCUGGAUUGGCUGAAGCUGAGGACCAGCGUCUUCCAGGAAGCUGCCGUGGAGAACAGGAAGUACGUCUGGCCGUGGCUGGUGUCCAUCCUCAACAGCUUCCAGCCCAGGGAGGAAGACCUGUCCUCUUCCUCAGCGCUGCCGCUGCCGGAGGAGUUUGAGCUGCAGGGCUUCCUGGCGCUGCGUCCGGCUCUGCGCUGCCUGGACUUCACCAAAGGUCACCAGGGCAUCCUGGUGGACCGGGACGGCCUGCCGGUCCACGCCCGCCACCAGCGGCUCGUCGCUCUGGGGAAGUGGGUCGCCGACAGCCAGCCGGGGCUGAUCCGGUGCCAGGUGAACGAGGACGGCCUGCUCCUCUUCCUCACCGACAUCCCGGAGGAGGCCGUCGAGGAGCCGCAGGAGAAGGAGGCGCCGGUGCUGCAGGAGGCGUCCAACGGCGAGCAGACGCAGAACGACGCCGCCAACUCGGGCCUGAAGUCGGUGCUGUCCGCCGGGAAGACCCAGAGCUCCUGGUCCGACGGCAACGAGCGGCCCGUCGUCACCUUCAAGGAGAACAUCAAGCCCAGGGAGCCGGGCCGGGAGCCGGGCCGGAACCAGCCGCUGAAGGAGCUCAGCAAGGAGCGCCGCGACUUCCCCAAGGCCGGCGGCUCGGCCGCCGCCAAGAUGGAGCCCAAGAGGGACGGGAAGAGGAAGAGCGAGGUGAAGAAGGCCGCGCACGAGAAGGCAGCCGACGCCGGGAAGCAGGUGAAGGCUCAGACGGAGCUGAGGAAGACUCCGGUGUCAGAGGUGAAGAAGACUCCGGUCACGCAGAGCCAGACGGCCGGGUCGUCCCAGUUCAUCCCCAUCCAUCACCCCGGAGCUUUCCCACCGCUGCCCAGCAGACCCAGUUUCCCGCCCUCGGCCUACGUGAUCCCGCCCCCGGUGGCGUUCCCAGGAAUCCAGGUGAAUCCGGGCUUCACCUUCCCUGCCGGCGUGUCCGUCCCCGCGUCCUUCCUGCAGUCGGCCGUCCACCAGCAGGCGGGCGGCCCGGCCGGGAAGCCGUCCCACAUUCCCUACAGCCAGCAGAGGCCGUCGGGGCCGGGGGCCUCGGGCCAGGGGCCCCCGGCCCCCCAGCAGCAGCCGUCGGUGCAGCUGCAGGUCCAGGCCCUCGGCCAGCAGCAGCAGCAGUCCCCCACCAAGCCGGGGCAGCAGGGCGGGAUGGGCAAGAGCCCGCCGCACCACCCAGGGCUGCAGCAGUUCAUGCAGGUCCAGGACCAGCCGGCCAUGUGGAGCGCGCCCCCGGCGGCGCUGCAGAAGCUCUCCCCGCUGCAGAUGUCCAUGAAGCAGCAGCAGUUCUUCAUGGGGGCCCCGGACUCCCUGAAGCUGUACGAGCAGCAGCUGCCGGGCCCCCAGACUCACGUCUCCAACAUGGACAAGAAGAUGAAGUUCCCCGACGUGAAGAUGCAGGACUUCUACUGGGAGCCGUCGUACCGCAUGGACCGGAUGGGGGAGGGGCUGGCCCUGAUGGCGGAGCGCAUGAAGAGGGCCCCGCCUGCUGGGAUGUGUGUGGAGCCGGAGGGCCCCGCGGGGCCCCGGGGUCCAGCAUACGAGGACAAGAACUCGCCCUUCCUCCCUCCUGACCUGUUAAAAACUCUAGCAGACCUGGAGGAGGACGAGGAGCUGAUCUUUGCUAAGCCUCCUGAUUUCUUCCAGGCCCUGGCCGGCCCUCUUAGCUCGGCUCCCGGACCAAAUAUCUUUCUGCCCAGCCAGAGCAGGAUGGACAGCAGCCAGGAGGCCGUCAGCCAGCCGUCCUCUCUGCUGCCCGUCGCCGGCUUCCCCAUGCAGGAUUUCACCCAGAACAGCAUCUUCAGUCAGGCGUACGGUAAGAACCUGCCGCCCGGCUCCAAAGCCGACGCUCCCAUGAUGCAACAGGAGCCGUCCCUGUACUCCCUGUUCGAGGGAAACCCCUGGUCGCCCUCCCUGCCCGCCAGCUCAGACCACUCCACCCCGGCCAGCCAAUCCCCUCACUCCUCCAACCCCAGCAGCCUGCCCUCCUCCCCCCCCACCCACAACCACGGAGCCGCUUCCUUCUCCAACUUCGGGCCCAUCGGCACCCCGGACAGCCGGGACCGGCGGGUCGUGGACCGAUGGAAGGCCGAGAAACCGGGGACCGGCUUCGGCCUGGACUACCUCCCAGCCGCCGCCUCCGCCGCGCCGCCCGACUCCAGCUGGCACCAGGCCGGCUCGGCGGGGAGCUCCUGGACCAAUCAGGAGUCUCCCAUGGAGGAGUCGUCCUCCACCGUGCUGCUGGACAGCCUGAAGUCCAUCUGGUCCAGCUCCAUGAUGCAGCCCGGCCCGUCGGCGCUGGAGCAGCUCCUCCUGCAGCAGAAGCAGAAGCUGCAGCGAGGCCACGGCGCCAUGAACCCGCCGCACUGAAGGGCAGCGCGAGGCGGCGCUUUAGUCCGGACGAACCACCACCAGGAGGGACGGAGGGAACCAAACACACAUCAAAUUAAAGCGGUGGAGGCUGGGGAGGCGACGCGACCCCCCGACGAGGCUCAAUCACCACCCCACCCCUCUCUCGGCCGUUCGAGGAGCGGUGGCGCCCGCAUCGGAGGGCGACCGCGGCGCCACGCUGCCGCCGGCUUCCUUCAACCGGCGGGAACCUGAACUUUGAGGAACCCCCAGCAACACCUCGGACCCCCGGACUCAGACAGACGCCUCACCCGGAAAUCUGGUUUCUUCUUGGGAAAAAGGUUGGAGCUCCUGGACGUCUGCUUGGUCCUGAGGCCGACGGGGCGAGGGCGGCUGGUUCUGGUUUAAGGGAGGCCAGGUGGAGAACGGGCCGGACACAGACUGGACUUUCUGAUCUCUCCUGUCAUUUUCAUUGGAGUGAAGGAGGAGGAGGAGGAGGAGGAGGAAGGUCUUUAAAUACCUACUGAUUAUAUAUGGGCGUAGCUGAACCAGGGUUCAGACACCUGGCGGCGGCGGCGCAGUGGGCGGGGCUUAGAGCGGCCCAGUAGUGUUACUGUUAGCUUACAGAGAUUACAGAUAUUAACUGAAAAAGAAAAAACUGUAUUUUGUGAUUUGUUUGUAGCAGUUUUAGCUUCUCGCCCUCGAGGUGAACGGCUUCAUCCGUUAGCUUCCUGCUUCAAUACUUCCGGGUUUUCCUGCCUCUACUUCCUGGAACGCUUCACCUGAUGAUGAACAAACUCCAGGUGUGACCUGCUUGCUUACUGAACCGGAUCUGCUCCUUUACUUUCUGUUCCUGUUCUGCCUCGUUUUAGUAGCAGCUGCUGUGGGUCCGCCGGGCCACCGGUCCGCCGGGCCACCGGUCCGCCGGGCCGCAGCGUCUCCCUGACGACCAAAAACACAGCAGCUUCACUGCUGCUUUAGAAAAAAGGAGGUAAUUAAUUGCAUGACGUGAACAAAAUGGUUGAAAAGCUUCCUGAUCAGAUCCAGUUGGAGUUUAUUAGAAAGGCUGAAAGUUUCCUAAAAGCAGGAAAUUCAUGUUUCAACCAGAAGCUUCUGGGACCAGAAAAGUCCAGAAUCCUAAAAUAUCAACGGUUUUUCAUCCACGUCUUAAUAUUCCAGUCUGGGAGCUGAGCGGCGCCAUCUGGUGGACGGAGAGGAGAUCUGCAGCUGGCUGGGAUUUGAACCAGCCGGCCAGGUUCUGGUUCUGGUUCUGGUUCUGGAUCCUUGGAGCUCUGAGGCGCCAGCAGGAUAAAAACUGAACGUUCAGCUGCAGCUGCUCUGGUUUAAACUUCACUUUUUAUUGAACUGUUACAGUAUUGUAAAUAUCCAGUUAUGAAAAAACGAGGUGCCGUUUCUGUCACGUGACUUUUUGUUUUAUAAAAAAUGAUCAGACGGUUCUGAAAGCCCAGCGGGUUAUUGAUUAUUGAUCAGCUGGCCGUCUGAAGGUUCAGAUGAGGGAACAGUUCCAGGGUUUGAUCCGGUUCGUUUUACAGUGGAGCUAAAAUCAGCUGGACUUUGGGUUCUGACCUGAAGUUCUGCAGUUCCAGGCUCGGUUCUGGUGUCUCCCAUGCGGUCAGGGUGGACCCGGUUGGACCCGGUUCAGCCCAGCUCAGCUGCUCUUUUCCCUGGGAUGUUUUCUCCAGACUUUGUGGUCGUGCUUUUCCUGUUGCUUCAUCUGAAGACCAGCUGCCGGACCGGACCGGACCGGAGGAGCCGGUUCUGGUCCCGGUUUACUCUGCAGGUUCUGGUGGGUUGUAACGCCAGCCUGGUGUUCUGGUUCAGGGCUGACCUUUGACUUCUUGUGUUUGUCUCUGUACUUUCAGAUUUGGUGGAAUUAGCCUUUAAAUAAACGUGGACUGUUUCCUC